AGCAUUGACAUUUGUCACCAGAGCGCGUUAUCAUCCGAUCUUGAUUCCAUACAACUAUUAAAUUGUUUGCGUAAUAAUUAACAUCUUCAUUACUUUAAUUAUUUGAUAAAUCAUUAAAAUAAUAUAAUAAAAAUGUAUUUAGUGUCGAAUUUGGUCAAAGUUACUAUCCCGAAUUACUUAGCAGGACUGCCGAUUCCCGAUUCAGUCGGUGGUUGGUUCCGUCUCGGAGUGAAAGACUGGCUAGCCUUGGUCCCUCCGACACUUGUGAUUGGUGGCAUCUCCUACUACUCAUACCAGACCAUCAAGAAAGCGCAGGCCGGCGGCAACGGCCAUGUGAACCACUGCGUGAGGAAGGACAUUGACAAGGUAGUGGACUUUGUCGACAUUGAGGACAUCACGGAGAAGGCUGUGCUGUGUCGGUGCUGGAAGACCAAGAAUUGGCCAUACUGCGAUGGCUCCCACGGCAACCACAACUUGAGCACCGGGGACAACGUCGGGCCAGUUAUCGUGCGACACAAGCCCGCCAAGUAGACUGCUAGUGGACAUAUAUCUGGGGUCAGUGCCGUCCAAACAGCCGGUUAGGUAUCAUGGUAUCAUAUACACAUAAUUAUGUUACUCUAAUCUAAACCUACACAUAUUUAACCCUUAAAUGUAUAUGGUUUCAAAAACGAUACUAUUGAAAUGACACACCUGAUAUCAGAUUGACAUCAAUUUUGAACUUUGAUAUAGUAUGAAAAAGUCUCAUAUUGACGUAAAUCUGAUGUCUAGUUGUGUCAUUUCGAUGGCAUCGUUUUUGGUACCAUUUUUUUUUAUUUAUUUCUAAUAGGUAACAAUACAAAGAUGCUUACUACUACAAUUACGCCAUACCAAAGUUUAACGGCGAGGUUAUGCACUCUGAUAUGCAUCUAAGGGUUAAUUCACUGGGUAUAAUGCGAAUAAAUAUCACUAUCUUACCUUUUUUGUGACGAUUCUGCCAGAUUGCACUUCACGUGUUCGCGGAAGACUGAUUUCAAAUCAUUCGCGUUGCACCCAGUAAUGACAUUAAAUAGGUAUUGGCGGUAACCAAAUAAGUACAGUCAAGUGUAAAAAUAUGGGUGUACACAUCUUACUCAAAAUAUGUCCUAUAGCAUCUUAGUCCGGUGUAAUAAGAGCGUAGUACCAUAUUUAUGAGGCGAUUAUUUCGAUACGUAUUUUUGCACUUGACUGUACUAUCCAGAUAGUCCAUGUUAUAAGAACCUUAAGAGAACGCUUGGUGUAUUUAGUAUAAAUAAUAUGCCUAAACAAGCAUCACUCAUUGCUUUGGAAUUGUACAAAAAUUGUGUCGGUUAGUAUAUAAGUAGAAAGUGAUUUUUUUCGAGCUUACGUAUUAAGACAAUAACUUCUCACUUCUCUUUAAAGUUACCUGGACGUGAUGGACUAUCAGCUACAGAAGUGCAUGGCGAAUUUAUCAAUGAAUUCGUUCAUAAUUUCUCCAUGCACUUUUGCAGCUGAUAGUACGUAUUUCGUCACUACUUUUAAAAGUUAAAACGCAGUAAGUCUAUAUGCAUUCCAUACAUACUUACUACAAUUUUCUUUUCAUUGACAGACGAAGAUACAAGUUUUUUUAAAAGUAGUGACGAUUUCUUAAUCGUAAUGAAACCAUUAAAGCUACAAAUUUUUUUUAUUAUGGUUUCUGUCAGUUAGGUUUUUGAGGAUUAUGUUGAUAUUAUUAUCGAUUAAAGAGUUGAUUGAUUUACUGAAUCUAAUAAUAAGUGAAAGUUGCUUUUUUUCUUGCAUUUUAUGAUAUUUUGUAAAGUUUUUUUACUCUUGUUUUUGAAACUCUUCACUUUGAAAUAAAGUACGGAUUGUUAUUGCUCUUAA